AUGCCUCCCUGCUGCGGCGUGUGCAUCUUUGCCAGGCGCCGCUGCACCGACUUCUACCCUCGCCAGGCGCUGUCCGACACUGUGGCCCGCGACCUGUUGGACACCGGCUUUCCUCUCCAGGACUUCACGCCAUGCGAGCUGUUCCAACGCAUCCGCGGCCGCACGCUGUGGUUCAUGGGCGACAGCCAGAUGCUUCAGUUCUAUUAUGCGGCAGAGUGCUUCCUGCGGGAGUUUGCGCCCUCGCUGCGCCGCACGCCUGCCGUCCCAUUCCCUGACAACCACGAGCUGAUGACGGUGCGAGCGCCAGUGCCAUACCCGCCCAUCUGCCUGGACCUGGCUCUGGGCACGCGCGUGUGUGCUGUGCGGGUGGACGCCGUGAGGGACCUGAUUGACACGGUAAUUCCCAAGAUUCAAGCCUUAGUCCCCAAUUGCCACAAUGACGGCAUCGUCGUGCUCAAUUUUGGGCUGCACUACCCCAAGCCCGGGUCGGGAGGGCGUCCGGUGGAGCAGAGCUUGCUACACUUCAAGUCCCCAGACGGCUCCUGGCCGGGCGGCCCCAAGCCCUUUACCUGCGCGCGGCUUGAUGCCUGGAUGGAGGGUGACCCAGCUGUGCUGGCUGGCGGCGCCUAUAAUGCUGCCAUCGUGCAUCUGCUGCCGGCCAUUGCCGAUGCGCACCUAAAAACCUGGAAUGCCACGGCGCCGCUGUGGCGCACCCACUGGCCCGACGAGUGCAGCCACUGGUGCCACCCUUCAGCCUACCAGCUGUGGUUGUUCCUGCUGAAUGCAGUGCUGCAGCGCCGCCCGCUGGGCAGCAAGGUGGUGGUGAGGGGCGGCGCGGACCUGUCGCGUCGCUUGGCCGCCUCACCGCCCGCAGCGAAGCAGUGA